AUAAAUAAAAUAAAUAAAAUAAUAUGUUUAGGGAAAACAAACAUGGCUAUUCAUAACGCAAUACUGUCGAUCCGAUAACGUGUAAAAUAAAUAAAUCUUUUUCACCUCACAGUAUAAAACAAAGAUCUCGAUAAAGUCAACAUUAUGAAAAUGGAUAUAAAAAUAGUGGCGGUGAUACUUAUAUCACUGGGUGCGACUGUCCUAUCGAUAACAGCUGCAAAGGAAUUUAUACAAAUUGAGGAACUGCGCCAACAAAUACUACGCAUUGGUAAUGAACAUGAAUCGGAAUCCAGCAUUAAUAGGAAGGAAGAAACGCUUUUGAAUCUCGUGAAGAGAUAUAAGAACAUAGGUGACGAUAUAGACCGUUGGUUCCCACGGAAUCUCGAGCAAUACCUCGGCGUACUUAACACGGUUUGGUUAUGGGCACGUACGCAGGCGGAAAUGCGAAGUAUCGAAGGCAUUUACAUGACCUUUAGGAAGAUGCAGCGAGAUCUGAUCGAUAAGCAGGAAACGCUCGAUGACAAGCAGUGGUCUAACUUUGCAAAGACUGUGUUGAACGACGCUAACGCCUCAAUACCGCCAGCUCAAGAAAGAAUUGCCGAUUUUAUUGUUAAUCAGAGAUUGUUCGUGUCAGCCUAUAAGGAAGCGUCAAACCAAAUAUGCAACACGGAACAGUCUUCACAGCAGCUACUGUACAAUCUUUACAAGACUAUUGCUCUCAUAGAGAUCAAGGGUUACACAAUGAUGCAAUUUUCAUUGACUUUUUUAAAGUUUUACAAAAUAGGUAAUUUCACAAAGGAAAUGGAAGAGAUACAAGAACAAUCUAUAUCUAGAGCAUCAGAAAUGCUUCGUGCCGUAAAAAUGGCUAUGGCUAUAGCGCCGAGGGAUAUUUGGAAGUGUGAUCCUAGCAAGCACAAGCCUGAGAGUACCUUUACCAACAUUAAAAUGGUUCAAGGGUAUAUUGUAAACGAAGUUGAUAUGAAUCCCCUAGGAACGUGUAAGGAAAAUUGCGAGUACUAUAGCUAUUCUAGGGUAUACGGAUGCUACCAAAAUCAGUUUUGUAAUGAACAGCGGCCUUGCAAUGGAAAAUUGGUCAACUGCCAAUAUGUCGAUUCGGAUAUGUGGAUAUGUCCGUCGGAAAGUAAGAGCGAUCGGCGAUACGAGUAUGUCGAGUACGAGAAUGGCAGGACGUACGGCAAGAAGGGUACCUGCAAUCAAGGUACAACGAAGGUCGACAGUUGGUGGCGUUGGCUAUUUUGGCAUUGCAGUUACUGCAUGUGCUUCUGCGAUGAUCAUAAUUCCAGCUCCCAUAGGUACUUCAAUUUGCGGGAUGUCAGCUCCGACGUUCAAGAUAACAAGGUCGUUACAGGGAUGAAACUGAUAAAACGAAAUCAAAUAAUUCACAUACAGAUUCAGCAGGGAAAGCUACUUCCAUAUGGAGGUAUAAAUAGCAGUACCAUCGAGUGGAAAGAAGCUGAUAAUUAUUCUAUUACCGAUCAAAAUAUCAAGGAACACGUUGACUAUCAUACGAUUAUGUGGGAAAAGAGAGCUAUAGAUUUGGAUGACCUUGAUGCGCCAGAAGGUCAUUUACUUACUGGACUUAAGUUCAGAAUCAUUGGUGCUCAUUUAAAUCUCGAGAUUCGAACGACACCUUUUAACUUUACUUCGGGAAAACUUAUCCCAGAAAAAAGCCUUUGGGAUUCACAUGACAAUACAGAAGCAAGCGAAAUGUAUGGUCUAAAUGGUGAAAUACAUCAAGUGAAAAAACGAAUCGAAUUGCAGCUCAACAAACCCGAUAUUCCAACGCGAUCUUUGGCCCAAUCGGUAAUUGACUCACAGACAAAUCAAUUUUUAUUAUUUCAACCUACUGAUUUAGAAAAGGAUGCUGCGCAGAAUACCGUACCUUUCAUAGAUAUACAGCCAGUCAUACCUAAUCCACCGAUGCCUUUAUCAGGUGCUGGCAUUUUCCAUAAAGGUCGCGAAGGUUACGGAGGCUUCUUAGCUCUCAAGGCCAUUACGUACAACUUUGAGCCACACAUGCAUGCUGAAAGUUCGCUUUCGGUGCCCGUUAAUUCGAAGAACGAUGACAGUGUAAACAACGUUUAAAGGAUAUUAAAUAUUUAAA